UCUUUUUGGAUGAGCUACUGGUUGGCCGGCCUAGCAAGGGUCUUCUUCUUCCCACUCCCAGGUGUAGUAGCAAUAUAUAUACUACUACUCCAUUAUCAUUGGACGGACACACAGAGAUAGACGAAGGUCUCGGAGGUAGAUUUAAAUGGCGUGCCAUAUCGAUUUCAGAUGCUUAGACGAAGGUUUCGGAGGCAAAACUCUCAAGCGCAAGAGAUCCCUCCACCUCCAGCAUCAGAAUCAUGACCAUUCCGCCGCCACGGAUGACAUGGAGUUGGAGGAUUUUGAGGCGGACGAGGAUAACACCAACCUUCCGUCCAACAAGAGGCAGGCGGUGACCUCAUCGGACAACCCGAACAAGCCGGUGGGUCUGCCCACCAGCUCCGGCAGCCGGAACGUGUCGGGGAGGAAUUGGAAGCAGGUGAGGACGCUCAGGGCGUCGGCGAGGAACGCGAGCAGGAAGAGGAGCACGACGGCGGAGGAGCAGCGGAAGAGGGAGAGGGAGAUAAAGAAGGCGUAUCAGGAGAGGAUGAAGGAACUGAAGGAGGAGAUAAGGCAGAACAAGGCGGAGAAGAGGAAGAAGAGGGAGGAGAGGGAGAAGAGGAAGCAGGACAACAUCCUGAGGUCGGGAACCAAGCUUCAGAAGAUCACUAAUCCUAAGACUCUCAAGAAGAUUUCCAAGUCUGCUAAGCAGCGCAAGUUGCUCAAGCUUCUUCCUGAUGCUGAUCCUCCUGCCAAGUAGUAGCCCUAUCAAUCCUUUUGAAUCCAAUUAGUGGGCGACUUUUCAAAAUUUCAAUUAGUCGUCAUGAGUUUUAAGGCAGCAUAGCAUGGCUCAUGAUGUGCAAAGAAGAAGGAGGAGAAGAAGAAGAAAGGAGUGCGCCAUCCCCCGCUUAUAGAUCAGUUUUCGAAGAUAAUAGUAGAGUAGAUCCAUGUCAUGUGUAGUGUAUUCCUCGUUUGUUUGCGCGGACGGCAGCAUCACAUAUAGAGCAUCAUAUUAAUUAAUCACACUUACCUCUCAAGCAAAGCAUCCAGAAUUUGUAGUUGCAAGAAAAAUAAAAAGUAAUAUUCACGUUCAUUAUUCCA